AUGGCCUCUCCGGCCAAGCGCCCUCGGGGCGCGGAGCGCCUUGUGCUGGUGACCGGCGCGGCCCGCGGCCUCGGGCUGGGGAUCUGUCGCCAGGCUGCGGCCGCAGUGGCGGCCGCUCGAGGCGGGCGGGCGCUCUCCGUCGUGCACAAUGCCGGGGUGGCAUACGACCUGCCGUGGAUGCCAGGCCCAUGGCCCGCACAUGUUGCAAGGGAGACGUUGGCCGCUAACCUCGAGGGAGCGCAGCGGCUCACGGACGCCCUUCUGGAGGAGUUGUUGGAUGCCUCAGCCCCUGGCCGCAUAGUCUUUGUCAGCAGUGGCGCGGGCCCCCUGAACAUGAAGAAGAUGAGCAGUCAGAGGCGUGACGAGUUGCUGUCUGGCGAGCUGACCCAGGAAGAUAUAGCCCGCAUCGCCCAGCAGUUUGUCGGUGACUAUGAGGAGGCUGCUGAGGCCCAGAGUUCUGGAGGAACGGCGCUGCCGUGCAUGAGCCGUUCUGGCUUCUGGCUUCAGUCCUACGGCUUCUCCAAAGCAUGUCUCAAUGCACUAUGCGGCGUCCUGUCUCGCAUGUAUCCUUCGAUCUCCUGUGCUGCAUGUACGCCUGGCUUCGUGCAAACCGACAUGGUGAAGACAUAUGCUGGAGAGACCAAACUGAUCAGUGCUGACGAGGGCGGUGCCAGCCCCAGGCAGGUGCUUCACUACACAGCUGGUCAAGACGGCCGUGGCAGGGCGGUGCCCCCUCCCAGCAGCUGGAGAUUCCUGACACCCUCGCGGCAGGCUUCCGUCGCACGCCGUGCCGCCCCGGGCCGUGCCCUCGGGGGGCGGGGGCGGAUCACCUACCGGCACUUCGUGCGCGAGUCCUCCAUGGUCCUGCGCGGGCUGGAGCCCGCCGGGCUGGCCGCCGGGUCGGACGGGGCCGCGGGCGGCGCGCCGAGGGGGACCGUCCCGGGCUUCGUGGAGUCCGUGCUGCAGCUGAAGCACGUGGAGACGCAGGGGCUCGGCCUCCGCGACGUGGCCCGCGUGAUUGUCACACUGCAGCAGCUGAUCUUCGAGUUCGAUGGCGCCCAGCUGCAGCGCUCCUACGAGAGCGUGAACCUGCGGAGCGACCAGCCGGUCUACCGCCGCGACCUCCAGGACGUGCUCGAGGAUUACUUGCUCUCCUGGGUGGUCCGAGGCAAUCCUGACAUACUGCACAUGCUGGCUGCCGGCCAGAAGGCCUUGGUCACCCGCGCAAUCCCACAGUGGCCGCAGAUGACGACGUUUGUCGCAGGAGAGAUCAAGACUUUCCAGCAUCACAGGCAGCGGGCUCAUCAGAGGGAUGGGAAGAGUCCCGCGAGCUCAAACGCGCUGUCCCAGGGAUUCACCUUCGACGACGCGCACCACAUCGUCGGCGAGAUAACGCGGAGGUUCAACUCGUUUUGGCUCUCCGAGUGCUCCUCAAUGGAGGAAGCUCUCACCAAGAUGGACACCGGCGGGACAGGGCGCGUGCCGUUGUCACGCUUUUACUCUGUCAACCUGGAGGGCGACUGGCGUUUUGCUGAGUCCGAGCAGUACCUGCGGGAGUCGGGGGCGCUGGACGAAAGCUCCUCGUGGCGUGGGAGCCAGGUGAUCAUAUCCAACUACCUGCAGUCUGCGUCCAACUGCCCGAUCACCACCUCCCACUAUUCGAUCUGCUGCAGGCACAGGUGCUCGGAGAUCCUCGCGGACAUCGAGGAAGCCGUGGCCGCGCCAGUGGCCGACCCGGCACAGGUCUGGGAGGUCGUGAAGAACCAGAGCGCGGAGCAGGGCCUGGGCGACGACCUCGCGGCGCACUUGCCGGAGUCGCUGCGGAGGCAGCUAGACGCGGUGGCGGCCGCCAACUCCGGCCGCGUGCCUCUGCACGGCCGCCUGUUUGCGCAGUGGCUGCACUUUGCGUACCCGCGCGACUGUGCGUUCCCGCACAAGUCUGGAAAAGCGGGGUUCAUCGACUUCGAGAGAGAACACGCUGCAACAGAUGAAGAGGUUUCAAGCCACGCAUACAUGCUUAAUGAGACUCGUGUGGCCAGCCCUGCAUUCGAAGUCAACAAGGAGAACGAGCAGUGGAUGUCCCAGUGGAGUUCGGAGGAGGAGCUAUUUGCUGACUACGGCAACCACAUGCCCUUUUUGCGGUUGGAUGCCCCAGGGACGAUUUUCCUUGGAUUGAUGUUAGUCGCAGCGUUGGCCUGGAUCGCAGGCGGUUCGAAGCGUUCUUCUAACGACUUCGCGCUGCCGACCCACGGCAAGGUCCGCUGCGUCUGA